AUGCUAACCACUGAGAUUGUGCCACUAAUGCUGCACGGCAUACUUAAGGGUGGAGUUACCACAUGGACUUCUGCCUGUAUAACCCAGCUUCUGUUUCAUGGUAUUGCAGUAACCUCAGAAUGUCUGAUUCUUACAGUUAUGUCCUAUGACAGGUACCUGGCUAUUUGCAACCCAUUUCAUUAUGUAUCAAUUAUGUGCAGUAAUCUUCAGCUUUCCCUUGUGAGUUUAUGUUGGUUUGUAAGCUUCACAAUGUCCCUUAUUCCUGUAGUUUUAAUUAGUAAAAUGGAAUUCUGUGGUUCACAUACCAUUAAUCAUUUUUUCUGUGACUUUGCCCCCCUCUUAGAACUUUCCUGCUCAGACACAUCUCUUGUAGAACUGAUAGAUAUGGUUCUGGCCAUUCCUUUGUUUCUUUUUCCAGUCUUGUUCAUUACCAUAACAUACAUGUGCAUAUUCAAUGCAAUUCUCAAAAUCCCAACCACAACAGGGAGACACAAAGCGUUCUCUACUUGUAGCUCCCACUUGACCACUGUUACCAUCUUUUUUGGGAUACUGGUUGCAGUUUAUAUAGUUCCGUCAAAUGACAACUCAAUGUCAAAAAUCAUUUCCCUGAUCUACACUGUGGUGAUCCCAUUGUUCAACCCCUUAAUAUACAGUCUGCGGAACCAGGAGGAACUUUCUGCGGUGGAGUUGACAGGGAUCCUACACACGGCCAAGGUUAUUCCACGCCAGGGCAUUCGCAGUACGGUAUAA